GACAGGGUUAAAGGUGGGGCCAGCCCUACAAACAGGCGCACACGCUCCUUACUCAGACCUGUCACUCGCCGAGCCUGGGGGGAGGGGGCUGAGGCCUGCACUGUCGGAACUCGCGCCUUCGGACCGAGCCCCCCUCGCCAAGGUGCACACACGCUCCAGCGCGCGCACACACCUCGGACAUUCCCAUAGUGCCUCACGUGACACUCGGCCCGAACGUGCCCACCCUGCCUACACGCUCACGCACGCGUGCUCACACGCGCGCACACAACCUCUGGCCGGUUCCGAACUCCGCGCUGACCCCCGUCCUCCGCCCAGCAGAAGCGCUCAUUGACGGCGGCACACCUACACUCAUUCACAGACACACACUCCCCCCCACAUGCCAGCCACAGCCACCACACAUUCAUAAACAGGGCGGGGAGAAGUACACACGCACCCCCUUGCUGCCUACUCCUUUGGGAGCCCUGAGUCAUUCCUGCCCCCCUCCUAGGGCUCCCCAAUUCCCUGAGUGUGGGCACAAUAGGGCAAGCUGGAGUUUCCCUUUGUGUGGUUCCAGUUCCCUUAGACCCCCUUGCCCAGUUUGCUGCCUCUGUCACUUGGCCAAGGACUUCCUGUAGGUCUGCGCCUGGCUGGCUGCCAUAGCCCCAGUGCAGUUGGGGAGGCACUUCCUUUUCCUGAACUCUGGGAUCCUGCGGGAGGAAGUUGGGCGGGGGCCCGCAGAGGCCGGGCUGACUGGUGGGACUGGGCCUGUAGAAACACUGGCCUUUUUUAGGAGCAGGCAGGCGACAGAGGCCUGGGAUGGGAAUCUUGGCGGCUGUCAAGGAGGCCCAGUGUGGGCUGAGGCUCUUACAAUGGAGUCCAUGUUUGAAGAUGACAUCAGCAUCUUGACUCAGGAAGCCUUGGGGCCCAGUGAGGUGUGGCUGGACAGUCCUGGAGACCCCUCGCUGGGAGGCGACGUGUGUUCUGCCUCCCACUUUGCCCUCAUCACAGCCUAUGGAGAUAUCAAGGAGCGGCUGGGGGGCCUGGAGAGAGAGAACGCCACCCUCAGACGUCGCCUCAAAGUCUAUGAGAUCAAGUACCCGCUGAUCACUGAUUUCGGAGACGAGCACUGCUUCCCUCUGUAUGAAAUCAAGGAUGGCUCCCUGCUGGAGGUGGAGAAGGUCAGUCUGCAGCAACGGCUUAACCAGUUCCAACAUGAGUUGCAGAAGAAUAAGGAACAGGAGGAGCAGCUCGGGGAGAUGAUCCAGGCUUACGAGAAACUUUGUGUGGAGAAAAGCGACUUGGAGACAGAGCUGGGGGAGAUGCGGGCCCUGGUAGAAACCCACCUGCGGCAGAUCUGUGGCCUGGAGCAACAGCUGCAGCAACAGCAAGGCCUCCGGGAUACAGCCUUCUCCAGCCUGAGCCCCCCAGCUGUCCCUGCCACACCCUGCUCUGACCUGGACCUGCACUAUCUGGCUCUGAGAGGGGCACCUGCCUUGGGUCAUGGUUGGCCUGGCCCCACGAGUGUAAGUGUGAGUGAGCUGGAGCGGAGAAGGCUGGAAGAGGCCCUGGAGGCUGCGCAGGGGGAGGCUCGGGGAGCUCAGCUCCGGGAGGAGCAGCUCCAGGCUGAAUGUGAGCGGCUGCAGGGGGAGCUGAGGCAGCUGCAGGAGACCCGCGCCCAGGAUCUGGCCUCCAACCAGUCGGAAUGUGACAUGGCCUGGGUAAAGAGAGUUGGGGACGAUCAGGUGAACUUAGCACUGGCCUACACAGAACUGACGGAGGAGCUGGGUCGGCUCCGGGAGUUGAGUUCCCUGCAGGGGAGGAUCUUGAGGACUUUGCUGCAGGAGCAGGCCCGGAAUGCAGGCCAAAGGCACUCACCACUGUCGCAGCGCCACUCCCCGGCCCCGGCGUGCCCCUCGCCCUCCCCGCCUGCCCGACCGCAGCCCUGUGCCUCGUGCCAGUCCCCCGCUGCGCAGCGCCGCUCGCCCGUGCCCCCGUGCCCUUCGCCCCAGCAGCGCCGCUCGCCCGCAUCGCCUUCCUGCCCGUCGCCGGUCCCACAGCGCCGCUCUCCCGUGCCGCCGUCGUGCCAGUCACCUAGCCCGCAGCGCCGUUCGCCUGUGCCACCCAGCUGCCCGGCCCCGCAGCCCAGGCCGCCACCGCCGCCGCCGGGGGAGAGGACGCUGGCCGAGCGCGCCUACGCCAAGCCGCCCAGCCACCAUGCCAAGGCUGGUUUCCAGGGCCGCCGCAGCUACUCGGAGCUGGCGGAAGGGGCGGCCUACGCGGGUGCCUCCCCGGCCUGGCUGCAGGCAGAGGCCGCCACGCUCCCUAAGCCCCGCGCCUAUGGCAGCGAGCUCUACGGCCCCGGCAGGCCACUCAGCCCGCGCCGAGCCUUCGAGGGCAUCCGCCUGCGCUUUGAGAAGCAGCCGUCAGAGGAAGAGGAGUGGGCCAUGCCCGCCAGCCCGCCCAGUCCCGAAGCAGGCACCAUCCGCUGCGCCUCAUUCUGUGCAGGCUUCCCCAUCCCAGAGUCGCCUGCGGCCACCGCCUAUACCCACGCUGAGCACGCACAGUCCUGGCCAUCCAUCAAUCUGCUGAUGGAGACGGUGGGCUCUGACAUCCGCAGUUGCCCCCUCUGCCAGCUGGGUUUCCCUGUUGGGUACCCAGAUGAUGCCCUCAUCAAACACAUUGACUCCCACCUGGAGAACAGCAAAAUCUAGGGCACCUCUCCCACAACUGGCUGUUUCUCUGCUCUCUCUCUCUCAUCACCCACCCCCCAAACACCCACCUUGAAUGCUGCAUGAAUCUCGUGGGGGGCCCCUGCCCCUUGCGAUCCCCAGAUACCUCCACUAGCUACUGAGUCAAUGUGUGUGCCGUCUUCCCUGGUCCAGGCACCACUCAGCUCUGGCACUUUCCUGGAGGUCCACCAAGGCUCUCCCCACCUUCCUGGUUUCCACUGGGGAGCGGGGAUCUGGUCUGGGAUGGGGAGGAUGUACCCUCCACCUCUCUCUGCCUUUCUGUUUUUCCCCAGGGUUGGAUCCAAGAGGAAGUCUAGUGCUUGGGGGAGGGAGGGAGAGAAGGAGAGGGAAAGAGCUCUGGGAGCCCCUUCCCGAAUGGCCACCUUCCCUGGGCUGUACUCUUCCAGGGAAGGCUUCUUGAUAGGGUCUCAGAGCCUGCCCUGCACACCCAUGCCAGCCCUUCUGUGUAACGGCCGACCAGCUUGGGGCCCCGUGCUACCUGGGAAGGAGGCAUCUUGUUUGCUGUUCAUUUCUGCAGGCCAGCUCUGUUCUCCCCCUCUGCCCGCCCACCCUGGGAAACAGGAAAGGUGGCAGAGGAGUGGGAGGACCCUGUAGACCUUGGAUGAUCCAGCCCAAAAGGGCUGCCUUGAAGCUGGGGACUCCUGGACCAUCACUCCCAGGCCAGGGAACCGUCCACCAGCCUCAGACCUGGGUCCUUCUGGAACCCUUGGCACUAAGGUGCAGGUCACCAAGGCAGACGCCUCCAUGCUCCCCCCACACAGCAGCUCCUGACACCACAGGUGCCCCGGAGCCCGGGUGGGCCUCAUCAGCCCCUCCCUCCCAGGCCAGAACCAGAGAAUGGGCCCUGGGUGCUGUGGAGAUCAACUUCAAAAGAGCUAAUCCCCUUCCCGUACCC